AAAGGGCAUCAAGGUCCACGGCGCAGCUCCAUCGGCGAGGGGACACACCGCUGCUGGAUUGCGCCAUGGCCUGGGCUCCUCUCCUGCUGGCGGUGCUCGCCCACACCUCAGGUUCCCUGGUGCAGGCAGCGCUGACUCAAACGCCGUCCGAGUUGACAAAGACCCCCGGAGAGACCGUCACGAUCACCUGCUCUGGGAGUAGCUACAGCUAUGGCUGGUACCAGCAGAAGUCACCUGGCAGUGCCCCUGUCACUGUGAUCUAUUGGAACAACAACAGACCCUCGAACAUCCCUACACGAUUCUCCGGUUCCCGAUCCGGCUCCACAGCCACAUUAACCAUCACUGGGGUCCAAGCCGAGGAUGAGGCUGUCUAUUACUGUGGGAGCUACGACAGCAGCAGUACUGCUGCUGGUAUAUUCGGGUCCGGGACCAUGUUGAACGUCCUAGGCCAGCCCAAGGUGUCCCCCACCGUCAACCUCUUCCCACCAUCAAAGGAUGAGCUGCAGCAGAGCAAGGCCACCCUGGUGUGCCUAAUGAACGACUUCUACCCCAGGAAAGUGGACGUGCAGUGGUUGGUUGAUGGAACCACCUACAAAGGCGAGACCACAGAACCUCAGCGGCAGAGCAACAACCAGUACAUGGCCAGCAGCUACCUGUCUCUGUCUGAGAGCGAGUGGUCAAGACAUGAGAACUACGUCUGCAAGGUCACACACGAUGGCAACACUGUCACGAAGACCCUGAAGAGAUCCGAGUGCUCUUAGACCCGCUGGGGGUGCGAUGUGAGGACGGUGGUUCCUCACCAUCCCUGCUCCUCUGGGCAACUGCCGGUGGCAGCAGCCCCAACUUCCCCCUCAGAUAUCCCCCACCAUGCCCCCACCACCCACCUCUGCCUGUCGCCUCCUCUUGCCCCCACCCCUCCAGAUGUCACAUUAAUAAACAUGACACUGAACUAGUGCUGACUCUGCA